AAGACAAGACGUAUCCUGGACCAUGACGAGCACCGACUGACCACAAGAUCAACACUUCACAGCUUCAGCACCAGCGUUGGUGUAACUCGCCGAAAGAGCCAUGCAGGAUGCCAAUAUCAGCCAUGUGGCAGCGGUUUAUGCGAGUCCUCACAGUCCCGUUCCCGUUCUGGAUGUCCAUGACUCCUCCACAGAUUUUUACGACAUGAUGGACUAUGGGGUCCCGGAGGAGGAGAUGCCGGACACCACGCAGGGCCUAGCCUAUUUUGUGGCCACCAUCGUCAUCGGUGUGGUUCUGGUCUGCAUUAUGCUCGUGUGCGGAUUCGGAAACUUUGUGUUUAUCGCCACUCUGGCCCGAUAUAAGAAGCUCAGAAAUCUGACCAACCUGCUAAUCGCCAACCUGGCCGUGUCGGACUUCAUCGUGGCCGUGGUCUGCUGCCCAUUCCUGGUGGAUUACUAUGUGGUCAAGCAGCUGUCGUGGGAUCAUGGGAAGGUUUUGUGCGCCUCCGUUAAUUACCUCAGGACUGUGUCUCUAUACGUGUCCACCAACGCUUUACUGGCCAUCGCUGUCGACAGGUAUAUGGCUAUCGUUCACCCGCUGAGGCCCAGGAUGAAGCACCAGACGGCGUACUGUCUAAUCACAGGAGUGUGGGUCGUCCCGGUGCUCAUUUCCAUCCCGUCGGCAUACUUCGCAUCUGCGACCAAAGUCCCACACGGAGCGAACCACAGCAAAACCUUCUGCGCUCAGAUCUGGACGGUGGACCAGCAGCUCUACUACCGCUCCUAUUACCUGUUCAUUUUUGCAGUGGAGUUUGUGGGACCGGUGCUCACUAUGGCUUUGUGUUACCUGCGUAUUUCUAGAGAGCUGUGGUUUAAGAGCGUGCCGGGUUUCCAGACGGAGCAGAUACGCAAGCGUCUGCGAUGUCGGAGGAAAACCGUGAUGGUGCUCAUCGGGAUCUUCACGGCCUAUAUUCUCUGUUGGGCUCCAUAUUACGGUUACACCAUCCUGCGGGACUUCCACCCGACGCUUAUUUCACGUGAGAAGAACUCACUGGUGGCUUUUUACAUCAUCGAGUGCAUCGCGAUGAGCAACAGCAUGAUCAACACCUUCUGCUUCGUCAGCGUCAAGAAUAACACGGUGAAAUACUUCAAGCGGAUCGUUCUGCUGCGCUGGAAAUCCACCUACACCUCCAGGAAGAGCACAGAGGAGACGGACAUCCACCCGCAGAUGCACAGCGAAUGUAGGAAGGUAGCCGAAAUCAGCGUCUGUCACGUCACUCAUAUUACUGACGGUUAAAGACUUCGGUUGUGCUUUAUUUUAAGGUAACAUUCUUGCUGUUAAAGUCACGGGAGUUAAAGGUUCCAUUGAAAU